CACGUCAGGAAUACCAUGGCAGGUGUUUACAGCUAGCCUCCUCAUCCUACUCCCAUACAGCAGGUGUCACACACUGUUCUACAGAUAUGAUGUUGUCCAUUCACUUUCCAUCUGAACUCACGUAUAUCAUCUCUCAGUAUGGAGGAUCAGUAACUACUGGAGUUUAUUUGGAUGCCAAAAAGACAGGGACAGAGUAUUACUGGAGUACUGGGUCAAAGGCUUACUUUACCACAUCGGAUGUUAACAAUGCCGGGGUGGGAGACUGUGUGUAUAUAUCUAAAUCCUCAUCAGAUCUACAAGGAACAGAUUGUAACACUGCCUACAAUGUCAUUUGUCAGAGCAAACCAAUAGCCUGUCCUCAUGGAGGCUCUUUGUACAGUAACAAUGGACACUGCUACAAGCUUCAGACAAGUGACCAGAACUGGGCAACCGCCCAAGGAGCAUGUACGUCUCUAGGAUCCACUGCCAACCUGGCCAAGAUUGACUCUGCUGCCAUAGAGUCCUUCAUACUGAAUAAUGUGGUUCCUUCUGGGCAGAAUGUGUGGACUGGACUGAGUGACCAGAAUCUUGAGGGUCAGUUGGAAUGGGCUGAUGGUCAGAUCUGGUCCACUCACCCUGCAGUGAAUGCUACAAAUUUGGAUUGCUUUAGUCUGCAGUCCUCUGGGAAUUGGCAGUCUAGGAGUUGUACUGUUGCAAUGAAAAGUGUUUGCGAAUACAGCAGUAGAGAAGUCGCCAGUGUUCCAACCUAUGUUGCCGGGACAGCCCAGCUGAUGACCACAUCCUACUCCCUGACUACAUUAUCACCCACCACAACUCCCCACAUCUCUGAUAGGAACAUAAUCUCUCUCUUUCCAGGACUAUGGAUCAACAGGGAAGGAAAAGCUCGAGCUUGGAAUUUUCGUACCACACCAGGCAGAACAGAGAGUUUAGCACUGACUUUUAUGGUGUUAGAACCAGUGUGUACCACCUCCUUAAUACCUCCAGGAUGCAAUCAAAAUGGAGCCUGGUUUGGUUCCUGUGUCAGCUCUCCACAAUCCUGUACAAAGUCAACAUCAUCCUGUGCCAGCAACGAAGACUACUGUCUCAUCACAGAUACAUGUCUCCCAAAGACAGAUCCCUGCUCUUGUGCCAACCGACAGUCCACUUACACUUUCUGUAACAAUCACUUUGUUGGCUCCGGUACCAGACCCAAGUAUCGUGUCAGAGGACAGACCUAUGUUGUUCUACCAGCAGGUGGAGAAGAAGAGUAUACUGUCCCAGUGACAGAGUUUACUGUGUAUGAAAAUGAUGUCCUGGCCUUUGCUACCAAUGCCUCCAUAUCUGUCAUCAAAUGUGAUACCAGCACUGGAUCAGACUGGGACCAAAGUUACAACAGUAUCUCAAAACGUGACUGGCUAGCUGUGGGAGAUGAUGUGGAGUCAGACCCAGGAGGCUGGGUUCAGAAUAGUGUGUGUUACUUCAAUCUGAUAUACACUGCUAAUCAACAAGAAAGUCUGCCGACCACAAUGCAGUAUUUUACUAAUCCUGACACUUACACCUAUUCAUUAACUGUUCCUUCACUUGGUGGAAUCCCUGUGACAGCAUCCGUCAAGGCAGAGGAAGAAGUAGGGGAAAUUACCUGGAUUAAUCCUCCAAUCCAGACAUCAGGUGGUGUCAAUGUUUUGGAUAACACAGACACUUAUUUUGUGUUCAGUAUAACUAAAGGAACACAUCUUGUGGCCAAAUGGACCAAGGAUGGAGUUGAUACCAAUGUUGUUUUCCACAGUACUUGUCCAUCAAGCAUUGCAACACAAUAUCCUACAGAAUGUUCACAAGCUAAUCGCCCAUUAGUCUUUUCCUACCAGCUGUACAAGUUCCAAAAGAGUAACGGAGCAUCCCAAACUAUUACUGUGAAUGUUUUCAAUGAUUUGCCCUUGCAGAAAACCAAGCAACUUACAGUCAAUAUUCUGCUGCCAUUAUCUGGAUUAAAUGUAUAUCUGGAAACUCCCACCUCAAACAACAUUGUAGAAAUUGGAUCCCCUACAACUUUUAUUACCAACAUAACUGAUGGAACUCCAUCAUCCUACAGCCUGAGUUACAAUGGAUCUGCAGCUGUAGGUACUUCCACAUCCUCUUCCAUAUCCUACACCUUUACAAACAAGGCAAUUUACCAAGUGAAGGUGACCGCUACUGAUGGACUGACCAAUGUAUCAGCAGAAAUUACUGUCAGAGGCCGCUAUAAAGCUGGGAUCACAGGCCUUGCUUUCACAAAUCUUGGAGAUUAUCUAGCUUCAACAUACACAUACAGUUUUGUGGCAACAGCAACUGCUGUGGCUGGGGCAGAUGUCACUAUCACUUGGCAACAAGAUAAUUCUACAUUGCAGACAACAACAGAAGAGAUUGGGUCCACAGCAUUCUCUGUAUCUAAAGAUUUUACUUUUGCAACUGCAGGGAAUUACACAGUUUCUGUAUCUAUAACUGAUGAAUUCGGAGAAACUAAAAAUGCGUCGGUAAAUGUAGAAGUUAUUGAUCCUAUCACAAACUUUUAUCUUAUGGCUCAAAAUGUGUAUCUUGAGAAAGGAAAUACAGCCACACUUCAAGCUAAAAUGGACCCUGCUCCUACCACAUAUGGUGCUAUAGUAUAUACUUUUGACUAUGGUGAUGGAAGUGCCAAAGAUGUGAAUAUAACUGACUCUACCAAACAGCAUACAUAUGUAAAUCCUGGUGAUUUCAAUGUGACUUGUGUGGCCACAAAUGGCCCUAGUACAGCCUCUCAUUUUAUAACCUUACUUGUGCAGGAGAAGAUUAGUAACUUUGCUGUAAGUGGUGACCAGUUUGUGGUGGAAAAUUCCUCUCAGACUUACACUGCAACCGUGACAGCAGGAACUAGCUUAAAUUACCAGUUUAAGAUUGACAGCUUGGGUUUUGACUCAGGAUAUACACCAAACAAUGUUCUUACCUACUCCUUUACUGCCACUGGUACCUAUACUUUGACAAUAUCCACCAGAAAUGAUAUUGACUUCAAGAGAGUUUCUUUAGAAAUUAAAGUAGUGUCAGCAGAUACACUGGUGAUUACAUCUUUCACUCACAGUCGUUAUGUGGAACAGAACACUGCAGUCGCUAUGAACGUGAGUUUGCUCCACCACGACAUAAGUCAGUUAUCUAUCACAUGGGAUUAUGGAGAUUCUUACACUGAGACUGGUGUAGCAAAAAUGACAGCAACACACACUUAUACAACAUCAGGUGAUUACAGCAUAACAGUUAAUGUAACAGACCCAUCCAUUUCUAAUACAAUUUCCAAUUCAUCAGCCAUUUCUGUGAUGCGAAAAGUCCAAGGAUUGACUGUGGGUAAUUCUGGAACAGGAAAGCUCAACUCCACAACAGCAGCUGUGGUGACUAUCACAGCCAAUGUAAGUGAUGGAACAAACCUUAACUUUAUUUGGGAAUGUAAUGGAGUACAGUACAACACAGGGUCAACAAAUUACAUUGAUCUUAACUUUACAUCUGCUGGGACUUACUCUGUUGAAGUUAAUGUGUCCAAUGCAAUCAGCUCUCUGACCCAAACCACUAUUUUCAGUGUCCAAGCCAUGAUUGAGAAUUUGGGAAUUACCUGUGCCUCCUGUGUCACUGAUGGUAUAGGGAACUAUUUCUUAGAAGCAGGUGUAUCAAUGUCAUUCACUGUUACAUAUACCGGAGGAUCUAACCUGCAGUUUGUGUUUAACUUUGAUGGAACUCCUUCCACUGCACAAACUGCGGCCACCCUUGCCCAUACAUAUACUCCAGGAAAUCGAACCAUGUCUGUUACUGCUGCAAAUGAUGUGGACUCACAGACCAUGCAGAUUCCAAUUGCUGCACAGUCCCGCAUCACUAGUGUAGAUUUUCCAGCAUCCUCUGUUAUGCCAACUAUAGCACUGGUAAAUGAGACCAUGACAUACUCCCUUACAGUCUCAGGUGGUUCAGAUAUAAAGUAUAUUUGGAAGUUUUGUACUACCUGUGCAGAGAUAUAUCAUGAAACAAGCAGUAUAACAAACCCUGGGUAUGUGAGUGCUGACCAUUACCAACUAAAUGGAACAGCUUACAAUAUGAUCAGUGUUCAGUCAUCCGCAAUUCAAAUCACUGUUGUCAAUAUGCUGACCAAUGUGACAAUAGCCUCAGACUUGAUAGCUGAAAAAUAUGCCAUCACAGGAACUGCAUACACUUUCUAUUCACUUCCAAAUGUGCAUUAUCCCCCAAAUUCCAACUCCUAUAAAUACUAUGUGGAACUGACAAGCAAUCCAUACUCAACCACAGUCUCCAGCACAAGUCAGAACUACUCGCAUCCCUUUACCGCAGCAGGAGACUACAAGGUGAAAGUGGUUGUGGACAAUUUGAAAUCUAAUGUGGAUACAGAAAUAAAUGUUCUUGUUCAGGAUCAAGUGUCAGCUCCAGCGAUAGCCUCCAAUAUGUCAACUGAUGUUGCCACAGGGUCUGGUGUUCAACUCACUGUAACAGUGUCCUCAGGUUCAAAUGUAGAAUAUGCCUGGUCAAUAGAAGAAAAUGGUGUUACACAGACUCUAUCAAGCACUACCAACACACUAGAAUACCUGUUCUCUAGAAAAGGAAACUUUACACUUAGUGUAAAUGUAUCAAAUAUAGUGAGCUGGAAAAUUGCAACUUAUCAUCAACAGGUCAUGGAUGCUGUUGAAAAUAUCUCUAUCUCCCAUGAUAUAAGUUUAACUACAUCUCCAUAUGUUGCAAAAGGACAGGAUGUAACAUUCACCUCAAAUGUUGGACAAGGAGAUGCCUAUACAGUUAUUUGGACCAUUGUUGAUUCGACAAGCACAACUAUAACCACUCACACAGGAGCAACAUUUGUUUAUGCCUUUACAUCAGCAGAAAGUUACACAGUGAAAAUGAAGGUACAAAAUGCAGUCAGCUCUCCUGAGACUACACUGUUGAUCUUUGUUCAAGUUCCAUUGGUCAGUUUAGUCUUAAGUCCAACCAAAACAGUUGCUAAAAGCUCAGAAUCUUUAGACCUUACAGCAGUUCACAAUACAAAUGCCACACAUCUCACUUACUCUUGGACCAUAGAUGGCUCAACUACAACCACCACUGUAAACACUCGAACUCAUUCUUUCCCAUCUCCUGGAAAAUACACAGUAACCAUAACAGUGAGCAACAGACUAAGCAGCCUUACAGCUCAUGUUGACAUUACAGUUCAGGAUGUUAUUCAGGAUCUGGCAAUCACUGGCUGUGACACUGAAGCUGUAGAAGACACGGUGGUGAAUAUGUCAACUUCCAUUUCAGCAGGGACAGAUGUCACUUACAGCUGGGAAGUCAUCAAUGGAGCAACCCAUACUGGACCUAGCUUUUCAACCAUAUUUGACACGACUGGAAUAUAUUCUAUAUCUGUCAAUGCCAGUAAUUUAGUGGACACCAAAUUGUUGACGUGUACAAUGACCAUCAUUGGGAUUAUUUCUGAUCUGCACAUAGACACAAGCCAUUCUGUGUUCUUUGUGAACUAUACCACAAGGUUUGCAGUUGGGGGAAAAAACCUGGUAGGGGUGAAAUAUAACUGGACUUUUACAGGCCCAACCACUAUAAACUUGGUAAACUUGAGCAGUAACCUCCUGUCAAAGAAGUUUGCAGAUCAUGGUCAAUACACUGGAACUUUGAUUGUGUUUAACUCUAUAAGUGAAGCAUCCAAGGUGGUUAUCUUUGAAAUCAAGCCUUUGACAUGCGAUGCACCAACUGUUGUGGCCAGUGGCAGUGCAGCUCGUAUCAUCUACAAGUCCUCACCAGUGUCCUUUGAACUGGAUGUGAAUAUGCAUGGAUGCAUGGAUUACAUCAUAAAAUACAGCUGGGAGGUUAAUUCAGUGUCAUCUGCCUCCUGCAGUGGCACUAUGACUCCUUUUACCCUCCCAUCUACAGUGUAUGCCACUAGUUCAAAAAUCACAAUUCCAGGAAAGACGCUGCCCUAUGGGUAUUACUGUAUUAAAACAACUGCAGAAUAUGACGGUACUCCAUUGAAUGUGAAAAAUCAGUACACAGUAAAUGUCAUUGAAUCUCAGCUUGUUGCCCUGUUGUCUGGGGGUAACUCGAGAACUGUUUCCAACUUGAUGUCUCUGACUCUGAAUGGCACUGAAUCCUAUGAUAGAGAUGACAGUAGUACUCCACUUACCUACAGCUGGGCCUGUUCCAUUAUAUCAGGAGCUUCAACUCCAACAGCCUGCAUUGAUGUGACUUCAGCUUCAACUGGGACAGUUACACUGGACAAAAAUAACAUGGCUGUGGGACAGAAGUACAGGGUAACCUUGACUGUAUCUUCACCAGGAAGAACUUCUGGAUCCACCUCUGUAGAGAUUGAAAUUUCUGGAAAUGAUGUGCCGUUGGUGUCAAUCAACUGUGUCUCCUGUUCAGCUGAAAACCGCCAUGUGAUCAAUGCAGGUGAUAUGGUAAUGCUAGAGGGCACAUGUUCAAACUGUGUAUCAGCCAGUAGUGUUACCUACACUUGGACUGCUGAAUAUGGAAGUAGCACUUUGACCCUAGACUCCACAACAACUUCAACUGGAAAUGACAAGAUAAAUCUGGUAGUGAAGGCUAGCCAACUACCAGCUGCCUCAGUAUACAAGUUCAAACUCCAAAUCCAGAAAAUAGUUUCUGGCACAACCACAACUGGUUAUGGACAGAUUGAACUUGCUGGAAACACAGCACCCAGUGGUGGAUCAUGUUCUUUGAGCCCUGCUUCAGUGAAGUCACUGGAGGACAUAGUGACCUUCACUUGCUCUGGCUAUAGUGAUCCAGGAAGCUCCUCCACAGAGCUGUACUACCGUGUGAAGACCUAUAGUUCUGAUGGGAAGGAGUCAGUGGUUCAGUACCAUGGUAGUGUAAACAGUGCCAAGAUAUUCACAGCUCCAUGGCCAGGAAACACCAGAAACACUGUGCAGAUUAAGAUUUUCAUCGAGGAUGAGCAUGGAGCCAGGACUCAAGCAUUAGAUCAGUCUAUUGGAGUUACUGCACCAUCUCUGAGUGCCACAUCAAACACGGAAUACAUCUUUUCCUUGGUAAACACUACACUAGCUAACAUGGUUCUGGAGAAUAACCCGUCUAUGAUCCUACAGUACAGUAUUGCCUUGGUCCAUGAGAUCAAUGAACAGUCACGUUUAGCAGCUUCUGUAAAUCCAAACAACGAACUGAUUUUGAGGACAAAGGUCAGAAAUGCUAUAGCUCUGGCUGCUAUGGGGCUGCCACUAGAGACUCUCCAUGAGAAGGAGCAGACAGCAUUUAUUCUGGAACAUUUAACUAAAUAUGAAACAGAAUUCCAAACAAAGGAAUCUCAGACCAUUGCCCUGAACCAGGUUGAUAUUCUGAAGUCCUCAAUGAGAAGCAUUCAAGGAGCGAAUGACAACUCUAUUCUGACAACUCAUCUGAUGGCCUGCAUCUCUAAUCUUAUGGAUGCUGCAAAUGCAGGGGUAUAUGAUGCUACAUCUGUGAUCAACUCUACAAAGUCCCUGGAAGCUUCCCUCAUUACGUCUUUCAAAGCCAACAUAAGUACUAGUGAUACACACUCUGCCUCCAGGUCAGAUGAAGACCACAAGAAGUUUGUGGUCAACAAAGCCUUUGAAAAUAGUGAGGAAAUCAUCACUGUGAAUCUGAAAAACCAGAUUUUGGGUCAGGACCCUCUGGAGGAGGAGUUAAGUGGAAUAGUGUUUUAUGGACAGAGAACCAAGAGUGAUGUUCCUGCUACUUUGUACCAGUCUGCAGGAAUGGCUGUACAAUCUACAAAUGACACACUGAAUGGAAUUGUUAGUCCAGGGACAGAAGUACUGCAGCUCGUAAUGGGGAUAUCACGAAACCCAUUUACCUGGGGCUAUUCCACAACACAAGUUAAUUCCAAAAUUAUGAUCAUGUCUUUCAAAGAGACCUCUGGCACAGAUAUUGCAGUACAGAGUUUGUCAGAAUCCAGGGCACUAAAGUUCUAUCUUCCAGAUGGAACCACAAGUGGUUACUCCAAUAUUGAUGCUGGGGGACUGAUUUCCAAUCCUGCUUAUGAUCCCUUGGAAGGUUUGGCCAUGGCAACAUAUCAGAUAGAAAAAAGCUCAAAGAGGAAAAUAAACAUUAACACUGCAGGCUCUAAAACUGGUCAUGCUAUGCAUAUUCAGCUGAGGAUAUCAUUGAUCAAUGACAGUAUGGCAGACCCCCUGGAUGAGAUAGAAUUCUACUUGGGUAAAGGUUAUGUGGCUACUUCUUCAACAUAUGAGCAGAAACUGAUCCUGCAGAGUUUACAUAUGGUGACUGGAAUGGACCAUACCAACUACACCAUGUUUAUAGACUCCACAUCCUUUGACCCCUCAGCUUCCUAUACAAUCACUGUCUACAACAAUGAUCCAAACUUUGCCUACAACAUAUCUGCAGCUUUGUAUUUUACAUCCUGUGGAUAUUACAACCCCACUGAUGAGUCCUGGAGUGGCUCAGGCUGCUACCCCACUUCAGAAUCCCUCCCCCAGUACACCACUUGUACCUGUAACCACCUGACCCCAUUCGGAGGAAGUAUGCUAGUACCACCAGAUGCCAUCAGCUUUGCUGACCUCACGGACUUGGACCUUUCUGAUAACCCUGUGGUAUUUAUAACUUGUUCAGUAAUCUUUGUGAUUUACGUCGUUGCUGUCAUUGUUUGUCGUCGGAUGGACAAAAUUGACCUGGACAGAAUUGCCACUAUACCACUGUGUGGAAAAGAUGGAUCCUUUAAAUACCAGAUCACUGUGAUAACUGGAAGAGAUCGAGGCUCAGGAACAACAGCCCAUGUUGGCAUCAAGCUUUAUGGAGAAUACGGAAAAAGUAAAGAAAGACAACUCGUCAAAGAUGGAGCAUUUCAACGUAAUUGUGUCGACUCGUUCUUCAUUGCAAAUGAUACUAACCUGGGAAAUGUUCAUAAGAUUAUGAUCUGGCAUAAUAAUUAUGGCCUUGACCCAAGCUGGCAUAUGAAGCAAGUUAUCAUCAGAGACAUGCAGACAGAGAAGAAAUAUUAUUUCUUUGGAAACUGUUGGAUGACACUUGAAAGAGAGCAGGGAUUUAUUCAGAAAGAGAUAAAGGCAGCUGGUGCUUCUGAAAUCAAGAGAUUCUCACGAAUGUUCAGAUAUGCAGUCUCCAACAGCAUGGCUGAUCGUCAUCUUUGGGUGUCCAUCCUGGACCGUCCAGCCAACAGUAGAUUCACCAGAGUUCAGAGGGCAACAGUGUGUGUUACUCUCCUGUAUGUAUUCAUGGGUGUGAAUGCUAUGUGGUAUGGCAUCUUGAAGACAACAAACACUAGUGAUAGCAGUCAGGGGAUUUCAUCAUUUGGUUGGGAGGAAGUAGUUCUGUCAUUCUUGUGCAACAUAAUGGUUUUCCCCUUCAGUCUUCUAUUGAUUUUUGUCUUCAAGAAGAGUAGGUCAAAGACCUCUGGAUUUGACCCCAGACCACAAACAGCCAAAACAAUUGAGAUAGAUAAUGAUUUGGGUGGAUCACAGUAUAGUUCAUCUUUCCGCUCUGAGUCACAGAGUGAUCUGCUGUCAUGCAUGGAAAGAGAAAGUACCACAGACAGCGCUAUGCUUCCACAUCAGCCAACUCAACCACUGAGGAAGACCAAGACCCUGAAAACAACACGAAAAGGGGUCGAGGAAACCGCUGUUAAGGUCCCUCUCCCUGAUUCUGCUGAGGGAGGAUUCCCAGAAAAAUCUAGGUGGAAGAGGACAAACAAUCCACGAAUCUGGAAUGACCAGUCCAUAAUGGACAUGUGGCCAGACCGUAUUCCCAGAUAUAAUGACAGAUGUGGAACCCCUAAAAUUGGACAACACAGGCCUGAGAAAGAACAAGAAGUAAGAGAGGCUGCUGAAGACAUCUUGAGUUAUCUAGAUGGUGUAGAACAGGAUGCAAUAGCUAAAGAAACCAAGCGAUCCUUACAAGGUGGAGGGAAUGCUAAGCCUCUUACCAGAAAGCACACAAUGCCACAGAAAAAACAUGAUGACCUGGAUGAUCUUUUAAUGGAUGAAGAGGUGAAACCAAAGCAAAAGUCAAUCCAGAGACGAGUCUCAUCAGUUUCCAUUGGUUCAGGCAAACCCCCUCACUCAUCUGGCUCUCAAAAAAGCUUUAAUCCAAGACAGGAUCCAAACAUAAGAAAGCCACCAUCAGCUAGCAGUAACAAAGUGUCUAAGUGGGUAUCUAAACUCCACACCUCGUCCACUGGAGUGUCAUUACCAGAGGUAGAGCACAUCGGUCCAUUAGAACCUGAUAUGGGACUGGCACAGAGAACUACAACUGAUUUCUAUACUGAUGGUUACAGUGAAAUGACAAUGGAGGUCCCAGCCACCAGUAAAAAGCCUUGCUCCCUUCCAGCUUGGUGUAUCUACCUUGGAUACGUCCUCUGUUUCCUCUUGUCUGGCACUUCCUGUAUUCUGGUUGUUUUGUAUGGCAGACAGUUUGGAGCAGAUAUUGCCCUCCAGUGGCUGCUAGCUCUUCUGUUUUGCUUCAUCUUCUCCUUCCUGUUUGUGGAGCCAGUGAAGGCAUUAUUUAUUGCCCUGUAUCUGGCAGCUUGGGAGAAGAAGACAGAGGACACAGAUGAUGUCAUUGACAACGAACCCAAGUUUGACAUGUCUAACGAGCUUGUAAAGGAGGUAAAGUUUAGUCCUUUGAGUGGUUUUGCAUUGCUGAAGGCCAAAGAGGAUGGAAUGAAGAUUCAGCGCUUGAGACUGAUGCUGCGACAGUUUGUGGCCUACCUGUUUUACCUCUUAUUAGUGAUGGCUUUGUGCUAUACCAACUUCACACACCACACCUAUAGGAUGUCACAGGCAGUGGAGGAGACCUUUGUCAAGACCAACAUUCCCAACAGUAACAGGGCAUUCCAAAAUAUAUCCAGUGUGGAAGAGCUUUGGACAUGGACUCAAUCUGUUUUGAUCAGUGGCCUCCACUAUGAUGAACUAACUUCAUACACAGAGUUCAACACCUUACUGGGUGUGGCCAGACUCAGACAAGUCCGGGGACUGAGAGAACCAUGCCCUGUGAAGGAGUACCCAUUACACUCUGGAUUGGACAGCUUGGCCGGGGCCAUCGAGUGUGAGGGAAGUUUGGGAUAUACUGAGGACAAGUACCACUAUGGAUACCUGUGGAAUCUUACCCAAUCACAGAACCUCUCCUGGCGGUACCACACAGACAGCCAGACAGACAGUAAGAGAAGACAAGGCUAUGUGUUUUCCUAUGGUGGAGGUGGUUAUGUACAGUAUCUGGGCUCUACCUUUAAUGAGUCCCUGACUGCUCUACAAGAUUUACAAACCAAAGACUGGAUCGAUCUUAGGACGAGAGCUUUGUUUAUUGAUUUCACCAUGUACAAUCCUGCUGAGGAUCUAACAACAUUUACCACCCUGAUCAUGGAGUUUCCUCUGACUGGAGGGAUGAAUACUUCAUUUGAUAUUCAGACAAAUAAACUUCUCAGAUACAUUGAUGAUGUGGUGGACCCAGUCAUGGUCUGCGAGGUAAUCCUAUUCCUUGUGGUAACUUACUACCUUAUCCACAUUGUAAUUCAAAUCCGAGAACAAGGCAAGUCCUAUUUUCUGGAGGCCUGGAAUUGGCUGGAGAUGUUGACUACUUUGAUGGCUGUUGUUAGUAUUGGACUGUACAUUGGCUGCUUGGCCACAGCUACAGAUACAUUCUCCUCAUUCCUCAACAAUAGAGGAGUCUUCACCAACUUUGAGAAGGUUUCAGACAUCCACACAGCAGCUAGAUAUCUACAUGCCUGGCUGUUAUUCCUUCUCAUGUUUAAGGUUGUGAAACAGAUUCGGUUUAUCAAGUUCCUGCAUAAGUAUGAGAAGACCCUGAGCAGUGCUUUCCCCAAACUGGUGGGAGUUCUGGUCAUGUUCAGUGUCCUCUAUCUGGCUCAUGGAAUGAUUGCUUAUCUGUUCUUGGGAAAUCAUAUGGAUGGCUUUGAGAACUACUGGACUACACUAAUGACUCUACUGGGAAUGAUCCGAGGGACGUUCAACUUCUUCCCCAUGCUGGAGAUGGACACCAUUUUCACUCACUGCUUCUUCUACUCCUACUAUAUCUUCACGUAUGGUCUCACCAUUGCGCUGAUUGUUGCUGUGUUGAACGAUUCAUAUAAGACAGUCAAAUCACAAAUGUACUACAAGAGUACAUUGGAUCUUCAGGAUUAUGAGAUGAUUGAUUUUAUGAUGAAGAGGUUUAAACUUUGGGCUGGAUUUGAAAAACCAAAAGAGAAAACCAGGAGAGUUCAUUUUGCGGGGCAGCGAUCAGUGUCAGACAGAUGCUCUACUAGUCAUUCUAACCGUUCCUAUGGGGAAGUGGAUGACACACCCCUUCCUGUUCCUGUUAAGUCAAGCAUGUCAGCAGCGGGUCUGCUGUCAGCCAAAUGGGAAGACCUUCUAAAGACAAUGAGAAGGGUGGAGUUCUUGGAUGAGAAGGAAGAUGAUAUGAUUGCCAAAACCCAGAAGGAAGUAGAUGAAUGGGGUUUCCAGAGUCGCCUUAAGAGCUAUGAAUCUGAGAGACAAGGUCUGCUUCAGUGGAAGGAGACACCCACAGUGGAACGGGGCAGGUCAGUGACAAAAGUGCCCCACAGGACAAUGACUCAGAAAAGUCUACCAGGGAAAAGUGAUCUUCAACCCUCAAGUAGUGCUAGUGGGCCCAGUAAACCUACAGCACCUAAAGGUCGACGACCUCUCAGUGACGGAGGUCGAAUUGCCACAGAUAAUACUUCAGAGGCAAAACCAUUGGGCUCGAGGGAGAGGAAGUCUAUUUAUAACUUUUUCAAAAGUAUAAAGCCCUCGAGGUCAGCAUGGAAUAACUGAGAUAAAAGUGUUUCGGAAAAAAAAAAAAAUCAGUGCUCCAAUGUGUUCAAUAAUUGGAAAAAGAAGUCAUGGUUCAUUGUGAUACCAAAAACACCAAAUGGACAGGACCAUAUUAAAUUAUUAGAUAACAUUCAUUACCUACCACUUCAGGGAUUCAUUAGUUUUAUCAUUGUUAGUUUCAUUUUAUUCACCUGACAUCAAUUCCAUGGAACCUAUUUACAUAUCCAGUGUUAUUCAUUACAGUUGUGAGAUGAAACAAAUUUGGUUCACAAUAGGAUGCCUGCAGGGUAUAUGUCUCACUUAAAAUGCCAAAUGAUACAGAGAGAACUAGAAAAGACUCAGCUACCGAACUGGAAAUAGUGUAAACAGCUGAUCCACUGCAAGACUUGUGUACUGCAGGAUUGGUCUCUACAUGAAUUCUGUGUGAACAUUUCCAAGGAUCAGAACAAAUAUGUGCCUAAAUGAAUCUAAGGCUUAUGAAAGUGCCAACCAAUCUUGACAAAACUUAUGAGCAGAUAAAAAUUUUAUUCCCCAUAUUUAUAGGUUUAUUUAUAUACAUGAAAUGUACAAGCCAGUUGUUUGGUAGAUUUUUAUUGUUUAUGUUUUUAGAAUAAUGAAACCACUUAGACAAUCAGUCAUUUAUUCUCGUUAUGAUCUAGCUCCAAUCAAAAAUAAUUAACAAAGUUUGUAGUUCACUAUGUACUAUCCUUUAUCAUACAGCUGCUAUACUGGGUUAGAGGUUCUUAUUAUCUAUAAUGUUGUGUAAACUUAUUAUCUUUGGUUAUAAGUGCAUAUGGUUGCAAUAUUCUUUUUCAUCUUCAAUAUCCUAAUAUUUCUGUUUGUCAUUUUUAUGAGUUCAUGAUUUUAAGUGUCAGCUAUUUGUAAAUGUUGUAGUACUUAAAAUGAUAACAGUUUUUGUAUUCAAAUACUGGUGCUCCUUAUUACUUCUUUCAAUAGUUUGUCUGUUACUUGAUCACAAAGUCAUUGUAGUAUUCUUUGAUGUUUAUUUCUGCAUGUGUUGCUGGGGAAAAUCUGUGAUUUAGAUGUGGUAUUACAGUUAUGUGGAUGUGAUAUAACUAAACAAGUUGAUAAGGUGAUAUUGUGAUAAAGAUUUAUAAAAACCAGGUCCUUGUUAAUGAUAACUGUUGUUUAAGUCCAAAAAAAAAUUCAUAAAAUUUGGUACACAUGUAUCAGUCACAGCCAAAUUUAUCUGUAAUUAUAAAAGCUCAAUAUUCUUGUACUUAAUAUGUAAUAAAGGAAACUUGGUUGCCAAAUAAAUGUUAGUAAUCCUAUACAUGGAUUGGAAAUGUGCCAAAUGUGGGAAUAAAAUUAAACUACAUGUACUAUAACUAUAAGCAGGUUAACACUGUCAGAAGAAAAAUGACCAAUUAUUUAAAUACAUGUAUGGCUGAAUCAUGCUGAAUUUUUUUUUUUUAUUCCAACCACUUGAAAUUAAGAAAAUUGUUAUUUUUUAAAAUAAACCGUCCAUAUUAACUGUGCAUUCUACUUGUAUUUUUUUCAAUAUAUGCAUUCAGGUGAAUUUACUAUAUAUGUGAUAUAUGCAGUAUUAUUUAUCAACAUAUUUGUUAUGAAUUUUUUAUGUAUUGUUGACCAAUUUUUUAUGGGGGAUGUUUUCCUUUUUUUAAUUCUAGAGUGAAAGAAUUAGUGCAAGUGCCUUUUUUUUGUUUUUUUUUAAAACCACAAUUCUUUUAUUAAAGUAAAAUUUAAAUGUGCAACUGCCUCCUCCUAACGAAUGAAUGUGACAGUGUGUUUAGUUAGCUGAUGUGCGGAUUGGGCAGUAGAUUUAGGGCUUUUGAAUCUUUUUACAGACUUUUAUGUUUCACUGACUCUAUCUAUAUAAGCAUUAUGGAUGACAAAUGCUAUUCUAGGUGUAUUUUAUUGUUCCUCCCUGGAAAAAAAUCAAAUGGCCAAGAUUUUGCUGGAAAAUGUUGCUCAAUAAAACAAUUUAACAUGUUUUUUACACAUUUUUUACUAGCUGCAAUAAUGUAGCCCUCUCAGAUAUUUUUUUUAUCUGAUGUUUUCAGGACAUGUUCCGGUUUUUUUUUUUAUUAAUUUAAAAUUUAUAACAAAUAAAAAUUUUAAUCUUUACUUUUAUUUUCAAGAACUAAAAAUUUAAUAGAGAUUUCAGAUUUCAAGAUUUAACACCAAAGCAAAUUUACAUUAAACAUGUUGAAAUUAAUGUUUUAUAGAAAGUUUGUUGAUGCCCUUAACAGAUCUAUAAGUGCUAAUCAUAUUUUUUUUUAAUUCAUGAAAUUUGGUGCCUAUUAUACAUUAUCAAAUACAAAUUCAUCAGAUAAAAGUGCCUUUAGUAUCAGUGAAUGAACCUUUAGUUAUGUUUGUGAACAUUUUCGUGACAUUUCAGUCUACUUGUUCAAGCCUUCUAGAUGUUUUAUUAUUAUAUUUGAAAAAUCAAAUCUUUAAUAUUGUUGAUUCCAACUUUGUCUGUUGAUGUUAUUUUUUUUUUGUUUUUGUAUAUAAGAGUGAUCUAUUUCUAGGUGCCUCCCUAUCACCACCAUUUCUACUGUAUCUGACGAGUGUCAUUAAAGCGUGUUGCUUCUUGACUGAU